CCGAGCUCUCGCCUCUCUCCGAAGGGGCGAAGAAGAGAAGGAAAGAUGCGGGAAACCACAGGAGACCCACCGGUCAAAGAGACACUACUACUUCUCGAAACCACCUACCAUUCUUCUUCCCUCUUUCUCUUUCUUCUUCUUCUUCUAUUAUUAGUUUCAGUCGCUGUAUUUGAUUCCUAUCCCUGCUUCCUCUUACUACUUCCUGUUCAGUGGGGUGUUGAUAUUGUUCCCUCGGGCCUCCCACGGCGAUGGCGGGAGGCAGCAACAUCCAUGCGAAGCUGGAAUCAUUUAUUCGAGCAAAAAAAUGGGUUCAAGAACUUCAGAGACAAGGUAAUCCCUAUUUGGUCAUGGCAUUGGUUGCUAACAAAUCUGAUUUGGAAACCAAGAGGAUGGUGGACGCAGAGGAAGGAAUGCAAUAUGCUCAAGAGAAUGGCCUAUUUUUCAUUGAAACAUCUGCUAAAACUGCACAGAAUAUCAAUGAACUCUUUUAUGAGAUAGCAAAGAAGCUGGUUAGAGACCAACCUUCACGGUCUGCUGGGAUGACUCUGUAUGAUGGAUCACUCAGAAGCAGAAGAUGGUUGUUUUGUUGUUCUGUGUAAUGCACACAAGCAGUAGUUGUGACUUAUAUUUGCAUUCGGUGCAGACCCCCCCUCAAGUUACAGUAUCACAAUUACUGCCAGGUGAAUCUCGUAGAUCCUUGGUUCUGCAUGCGCGCAACUGAUCAUUUUCUUUAUGGAAGAUAUUUCAUGUACGGAUGUGAACUUCACAUUUGAUGCGCCUGUCAUUACUGUACAUAUACCAAUGCAUUUAACCUCACUCCAAAGUACUGACACAAUCACUAUGGCAAUGGAGUUAUAUUUAUGUUCUUAACCUGCUUGUGUGGAAGUCUUUAUACGGUGCGGUGCGAGGAAUCGACGGGAAGAGAUGCCGUCAAGCUGCUGUAUUGCGUUAUCGAUGAUAUUGUAACAAUCUUCUCACUGACAAGGAAAAACACUGCAUUUCUUCUUUGACGAGCCCUCUGAAAUCCGUAGUGCCACGUAUGUUGAGGCUGUCAGACGUUUUACUUUGAAUUAACGUCUAAAAAUAACUUUUAUGGACAUCCGCUAAUGUCUAAAAUCACUGUUCUAAUUGCUUGCAAUUUCCAGCGAGUUUCCCUAUCAACCUCGUGCUUUCUGUUUUUUUUAGUAACUUGCUUAUGAACAUUUAACCCUCCUAUUAAGUAUGCUUGUAUUUGUUAUCAUGAUGUUUGUUCAAUAUCAUCAACUACUAAACUAAGUACUGUUUCCGUCA